GGUGGUUAAAAGCUCCGGCUGAGGAGGCGCUGCCCACAGAACAGAGGAGCUGUACAGCGGGAAAAGUUUACCUUCAACUACUACAGACCACUUCCAGGAGGGACAACCUGCAGAGAUGGCAACUCAAACGCAGCAGCCGCCCCACCUGCGCCUGGCCGAGCUCACCGCAGCGCAGUUCGUGGACAUCUGGAAGCAUUUUGACGCAGACGGAAACGGCUACAUUGAAGGGAAGGAGCUGGAGAACUUCUUCAAAGAGCUGGAGACUGCGAGACGAGGAGCCGCCGGAGUGGAUCCCACACAUGCUGCGUUCAAGGAAAAGAUGAAGGAGUUCAUGGCCAACUUUGACAAGAAUGCUGAUGGGAGAAUUGAGAUGUCAGAGUUGGCUCAGAUUCUGCCCACAGAAGAAAACUUCCUGCUCUGUUUCAGAGAGUUUGUUGGAUCCAGUGCUGAAUUCAUGGCAGCCUGGCGGAGGUAUGACACCGACCGUAGUGGAUACAUCGAAUCCAAUGAGCUGGAGGGUUUCCUGUCAGACCUGCUGAAGAAGGCUAACAGAAACUACGAUGCCAAGAAGCUCAAUGACUACACACAGACUAUUCUGAGGAUGUUUGAUCUGAAUGGUGAUGGAAAGCUGGGUCUCUCUGAGAUGGCGAGGCUUUUGCCUAUUGAGGAAAAUUUCCUGCUGAAGUUCCAGGGCAUCCGACUCACCGUUAAAGAAUUUGACUCCCUCUUCACCCUCUAUGAUAAGGAUGGUAAUGGGUAUAUUGAUGAGCAGGAGCUGGAAGCUUUACUGAAGGACCUCUGUGACAAGAACAAAAUGGAUGUGGACUCGACAGGGCUGGUGGAUUACAAGAAGAGCAUCAUGGCUCUGUCUGAUGGAGGGAAACUGUACCGUACUGAGCUGGAGAUCGUCCUCUGCCGGGACUCCACACUGUGACCUCCCUGCAUGGGACCUGCCACCCUCCCUGCUGCCUCCUCCUUCCUACCUCCUGAUGUAACCUGGUGCAUGUGUGACCCUUAACCUCUACACCACUUAGAAUGAAGACUAACGUGCUCCUAAAGCACAGUGUACUGCUGGCCCUGCUGUAUUAACUUUGAACCUCCACUUGAGUUAUUCUGCUUUUUUUUUUUUUUUUUAAAAACAUGCAGUUCCAUAGUGAGACAGCCACAGUAAUGAUUAAAGGAAAAUAUCAUGCAUUUAUUUAUUUGACUUCCCGUUUUUAAUAUGCAUUUGUAUUUUUAAAUUGAUCUCAUAUCUAUAUGUACAUGUUUUGCUCCCACUGGAUUUGAAAUGAACACUUCUGUUAUGUAGCAUUUUAUUCAUUUAGGUUUCGUUUACUAUGAGCUUGUACGGUUCUACUGAAUAUAUUACUGAGAGAAUGAAUAAAUAUGACAUGACAA